UUUUCACUUUCCACCAAUUCGUGACUUUGAUUAAAACAAGCAAUGACCUCGACAAAGAAUGAGCGAUUGCCGCUUGGAGCUGUGCGCACCGCCGAUGGGGUGGUGGUGGUGCCGGCAUCGCGCCGCGCGGACGGUUCCACACGCAAAUCCAUCCGUAUCCGUCAGGGCUACGUGCCGCAAGACGAGGUGCCCAAAUACAAGACCGUCGCUCAGCGAGAGGUGAAACGCGAGUCCAAAGCGAACUUAGGCGGCGAUUCUGUAGUUGAUGAGCUUCAGAUAGACAAGCUGUCACUGGAGCAGAAGAAGGAGAUUCCCAAGGAGCGACCACGCACUAGGGACCCAGCUUCUCGUCAGGAGCAAGAAUGUCGACUGUCAGUUGAGAAUACGAGGGUAUUGGCGGAUACAAAUGGAGACCGUCAGAAGCAACUCAAGCGCCAUUUGACGAAGACCAACAAGCAGCUCAAGGACAUCGCCAAGCUGGUAGACGCGGAAAUUAACUCGCUCACGUCACAGCAGAAACAGAAGAUAGCUCGAAAGUCGGCGCUGCAGCAAGAGAGGAACGACAUUAUUGCAGAGCUUAACGGAGCCACCGUCACGAGAAGCAGCAACUCAACGACUGGACCACGCCCCAAAGUGGCCAUCAGCUUGUAA